AUGCUGCGGUCCAACCUGGCUGAGGCUACAGGAAGUAUGCUACGGUCCAACCUGGCUGAGGCUACAGGAAGUAUGCUACGGUCCAACCUGGCUGAGGCUACAGGAAGUAUGCUACGGUCCAACCUGGCUGAGGCUACAGGAAGUAUGCUACGGUCCAACCUGGCUGAGGCUACAGGAAGUAUGCUACGGUCCAACCUGGCUGAGGCUACAGGAAGUAUGCUACGGUCCAACCUGGCUGAGGCUACAGGAAGUAUGCUACGGUCCAACCUGGCUGAGGCUACAGGAAGUAUGCUGCGGUCCAACCUGGCUGAGGCUACAGGAAGUAUGCUGCAGUCCAACCUGGCUGAGGCUACAGGAAUUAUAGCGUCCUGCCUGUCCUUCGUCCCUGAGAAGGGGACAGUAGGUGCCAGCGGAGACCUGGCCCCUCUCUCCCACCUGGCUCUGGGGCUGAUGGGAGAAGGCAAGAUGUGGUCGCCCAAGAGUGGAUGGGCCGACGCCAAAUACGUACUCGAGGCUCAUGGACUCAAGCCAAUAUCACUGAAGCCCAAGGAGGGCCUGGCGUUAAUUAAUGGUACCCAGAUGAUCACGUCUCUGGGGGCAGAGGCGGUGGAGAGAGCCCAGGCCAUCGCCAGGCAGGCGGACAUCAUCGCUGCAAUCACCCUGGAGGUGCUUAAGGGGACCUCCAAGGCCUUCGACAGUGAUAUCCACGCUCUGCGGCCCCAUCCAGGACAGAUAGAAGUGGCCAUGAGGUUCCGCGCCUUACUGGACUCAGACCACCAUCCCUCAGAGAUCGCAGAGAGCCAUCGGUUCUGUGACAGAGUCCAGGAUGCCUACACCAUGCGUUGCUGUCCUCAGGUCCACGGUAUUGUGAAUGACACAAUAGAUUUUACCCAGAAAAUCAUCAACACCGAGAUUAACAGCGCCACCGACAACCCUAUGGUGUUUGCAGAGAGAGGAGAGACCAUCUCAGGAGGAAACUUCCAUGGAGAAUACCCAGCAAAGGCCCUGGACUUCUUGGCUAUAGGUGUCCAUGAGCUGGCAGCCAUCAGUGAGAGGAGGAUUGAGCGUCUGUGUAACCCGUCUCUCAGUGAGCUGCCAGCCUUCCUAGUCAACGAGGGAGGGCUCAACUCUGGAUUCAUGAUCGCACACUGUACAGCUGCUUCCCUGGUAUCAGAGAACAAGGUGCUGUGUCACCCGUCUUCAGUGGACUCCCUGUCCACCAGCGCAGCCACAGAGGACCACGUAUCCAUGGGAGGCUGGGCUGCCAGGAAAGCCCUGAGGGUGGUGGAACAUGUGGAACAAGUCCUAGCAAUCGAGCUGCUAGCUGCCUGCCAGGGAAUUGAGUUCCUCCGCCCCCUGCGUACAACAACACCAUUGGAGAAGGUCUAUGACCUUGUACGUAGUGUAGUCAAGCCCUGGAUCAAGGAUAGGUUCAUGUCUCCAGACAUUGAGGCGGUCCAUCGUCUUCUUCUAGACCAGAAGGUGUGGAACGUGGCUCAGCCAUACAUUGAGAAGUAUAACAUGGAGCUUCUUCCUGAGUCCCGCCCCAUCUCUCCUACUGCCUUCUCAUUGGAUCCCCCAGCAUCACCACGGAAACGCAUCCGACUGGAGUGAAAUCAUCAUUGUCUGACUAAAUGUAGAAUGUAUGCACACAUGACUGUAAGUCGCUUUGGAUAAAAGCGUCUGCUAAAUGGCAUAUAUUAUUAUUAUAUUUAUGUAAACUUUUUGUCUUCCUGUUUUUCAGACAAAUGUUUUCUUCCUUCUGCAGCCCCAGCCGCUUCAAUAAUGAUUAUGUAUUCCAUGCUAGUUUUGAACAAAGAGUUGUUGGAUAACAUUGAUUGAGGCUUGACAGUAGAUUUGUAUCUUAUUUGUCACAGAAACCAGAUAGAGCUUGAUUUAAUGUAUUAAACUUUAUUCACAAAAUCAAUAUGAAUUUAUUUUUCAAUAAAUUACAAUUUCAUGCCUUA